AUGGACUCCGUACCGACCCUCGCGGAGCUCCUCCGCCACCCCGAAGACCUCGACAAGAUUGGCGCCCUCAAGCAAGAGUUCGCCCGGAAAAAGACCACGGUGGACGACCGCCUGCGCGGCGGCCUGCGCGAGCAGCUCGAGACCACCCAGAGCGGCAUGUCGGGGCUGACGGACGGGCUCAAGACCGUCCAGCAGAUCAAGGACGAGAUGACCAAGAUUGACAAGCUGUGCUCCGAGUCCCAAAACAUCAUCAAGGACAUUGGCACCAUCAACUUCGUCUCCCAGGCCCACCGCAACUUUGGCGCGGUGGAAACGAUGCGCAAGAACCUCGAGACCUUCAACGAGAGGCUGGGCGCCGUCGAAAAGAUGCUGCGGGAGGACGACGCCGACCGGGAAAACAUGCCCAACCUGCUGCCCACCCACUACGAGCUCACCCAGCUGCGCAACAUUCGCGACGACGCCAUGGAGCAGAUACAAAGGCCGACGACCCGAGCCUGCAGAGAAGAGCGACCAAAGGUCCUGGCGCUGCAGCAGGCCCUCAAGGACCACAAGGAGAUGGCCGCCCGCUUCCAGGGCAUCACCGACGGCGCCAAGCAGGUGCGCGGCUACAAGGAAAAGUUUCUCGAGGCCAUCCGCCUCAGCGCCGAGCAGCAGUUCGCCGAGGCCAAGCAGCAGUUCCUCGACGACCCCACCAAGCUGGAAAAGACGAUGAAGUGGUACUUCAACGACCUCAACGCCGUCAAGAUUGGCAUGUCGCCCCUCAUGCCCAAAAAGUGGAAGAUUCUCAAAAUGUACGGCAACGUCUACCACAAGCUCAUGCGCGAUACCCUCGUCGCCACCAUUGACGACCCGGACACGAGCUCCGCCACCACGCUCGAAAUCGUCGGCUGGCCCGAGAAAUACUACAAGAAGAUGACCAAGCUCGGCUUCAAGCUCGACGAGCUCAAGCCCCACGUCAUCGACGACCGCGAGGCCGAGCUCGUGCGCGACUUCCGCCAGCUCAUCAUCAAGUACCUCGACGAGUGGAUCGAGCGCAUCUUCAAGUCGGAGCAAAAGGACUUUGCCGAGCGCAACGUCGAAGGGUCCAACCUCGACCAGGACGAGUACGGCUACUUCCGCACCCGCAACCUCGUCGACCUGUGGCGCAUGAUGCGCGAGCAGAUCGACGUCGCCGCCAACUCCCAGCGCGCCGACGUCGUCGAGGGCGUCAUCGACGCCAUGCUCCAGCGCCUCCGCGCCCGCCAGCAGACGUGGCAAAAGAUGCUCGAGGACGAGGCCGCCCGCUUCGAGGGCGCCAGCCAGGAGAACCUCGAGGGCUUCCAGCCCCUGCAGGACUGGCUCGUCGCCACCGCCAACGACCAAAUCGCCUGCAUCGACGACAACGAAGAGGACAACAAGUUUGGCUACCUCUCCAGCUUCGUGCAGAAGCUCGAGCCCAUCGUCACCCCGCAGUACCUCGAGCGCGCCGACGGCGAAAUCGCCGCCCUGCGCGACGGCUACGUCGACUUCUCCACCUGGUGCAUCACCAAGUUCGCCCAGCUCAUCCUCACCGUCGACUUCGCCCCCGUCCUCCCCGAGUUCUUCACCGCCAAGUGGUACACCACCACCGCCAUGAAGCAAAUGGUCGUCACCUUUGACGAGUACGUCGGCGACUACCGCCAGGUCCUUCACCACUCCCUCGUCGACAUCUUUAUCGAAAUCUUUGCCGACGAGCUCCUCGUCGCCUACCUCUCCUCCGUCCGCAACAAGGGCACCGCUUUCGAGUACUUUGACGGCCUCCCCAACCCCGACGUCGCCGACUCCAUCAAGCAGACCUGGCGCGUCACCGAGCCCUUCCUCGGCCUCCUCACCUGCCCCAAGGACGAGGUCCCCAACGCCUUCGAGUCCUUCAAGACCGCCUACUGGGACCUGCAGAUUGGCUGGGUCGAGGCCGUCCUGCGCUCCCGCGACGACUUUGAGCGCAGCAUGCUGAACAGCGUCAAGGCUCGCGCCGCUAGGAUCGAUGUCGUUCGGGGGCCGAGACCAUUAUGGGCAAGGUCAAGAUUUGUUUUCAAAGCUCACUGA